UUGCAGUGGAAGGAAGUUACUAUUAUGCUUUAAGUUUGGCAUAUCACUUGAUAUCGACAUGAAUUUUAUAUCAAUUAUCAAUUCUCUUGGCUGAAUUUCUCGACUUGAGUUGUCAAACUUCUUCCUCGAUAAAGAGGGGGACGAGCUUGAAAAGCUACCCCGCGAAAAGACGGAAAGUAUGAUCACGUGCUAUCGAGCUUCGAGAUACCGAGGCUCGGUGAUGUUGAGGUCAAGUUGGCCGACCAUCCAUCUCAAGCUUCAGUAUUACAGUUGUAAUUCACAGAGAGCUUAUUGACUUACAACACUUAUCUUUAAAAUUUCAUACCUAGAAACUUACAUCUAUCUGUACCAAUCUUCUGUAGAAGUAUAUCCUACAAGUUAGUGACUUGAUUAGCAAUCCAAUCAGCAAUUCAAAACACAAGCAAGCCGCAGAAGCCUGCCCAUUGCCCUCCCCCAAACAAACAAAAUGGCCUCUUCCAACCCUACCUACAAAUACUUUCUCGUCACAUACCCAGCACCAUACAUAGCACAUGUGCAAAUCAACCGUCCCGAGAAACUCAAUGCCUUUUUCGAAGCAAUGUGGCUUGAAUUCCGCACCAUUUUCGACACCCUCUCCUAUUCUCCCGAUGUCCGCUCCAUCAUAUUAUCCGGCGCCGGCGAACGCGCAUUCUCAGCUGGUUUGGAUGUAGAAGCCGCCGCACAAGAUGGCGUUUUAGCCGAAAAAGAAGGAAGAUCUACAGAUGUAGCGCGAACAGCGCAAGCUAUCAAACGACACGUCGAAGAAUUCCAAGCUUGUAUAAGCAGUGUUGAGAAAUGCGAGAAACCCGUGAUCUGUGUUCUGCACGGCUACUCCCUUGGUCUCUCAAUCGAUAUAUCCACCUGCGCCGAUAUCCGCAUCUGCACCUCGGACGUCAAGAUGGCCGUGAAGGAAGUGGACAUCGGACUCGCCGCCGAUAUUGGAACUCUCUCCCGCCUUCCCAAGGUCGUCGGUUCUUUCAGCUGGGUCAAAGACGUAUGUCUCUCUGCCCGCGUCUUCGGAGCUGAAGAGGCGCUGCGAGUAGGUUUUGUGACGUACGUUGAGCCUUCAAAGCAAAAUGCUAUCGACAAAGCGCUCAGUAUUGCGAAAUUGUUGGCGGAAAAAAGUCCAGUGGCAGUGCAGGGUACGAAGGAACUUUUGAAUCACGCGAGGGACAAUCGAUUGGCGGAUAGUCUGAGGUACACGGGGGUUUGGAACAGUGCGGCGAUCCAAACGAAGGAUGUUAAGGAUGCGAUGUUGAGUGGAUUACAGAAGAGAAAACCUACUUUUGAGAAACUUUGAGAGGGGUUGGAGGACAACGGAUCACAAUAAUUUGAAAAUAUCAAAUUUAGGAACAAGGCGGUUGAAAUCUUCCACUUCUGAACUUCCCGUGCGGCGUUGCUACACCAAAAAGAUGGAUAUAUAACGCAGCACUCAGACCUGCAAGAUAGCACACGGGAAACAAACCUCCAAUAUAUGAGCUCUCAGAUGAUAGUUCAAAGAAGCAAGCAAGAAAGAGAUAUACUCAAAAGCACACUACCUACAUAGACUUAUCCAAUCUCAUAUUCACAUACCGCAAAGCUACAACGCUAUAGAAUCUUCCCAAAAUCAAAUGCAUAGAUAGCAUCACAGUAUUGA